AUGCCUUACCUCGUCAUGGAUUGGUGUCAGAUAUGGCAUAAAGCUUACAGUGAUAUUGCCAAGAAGAAUCCUGCUUGGAUGACUCAGAUGGAAGUCGACGGGACCGCCGAUCCACAAUCGGUGGAUAUCAUGCUGAAGAUGUUCAGUGACAAGGCCAUCAGUCUACUAAAGGCAGAAGGACAUGAAGCGACAGCAAGAAUGGCAGAGGCUAUGUCUGGCCUGCACAAAGUAUUCGAUGAAAGAGGGCUGAAGUUUCAGAGAGGAUACGUCUCGUUCAAGAGGGUCGAAGAUGGCUAUUGGAAGGCAUCGACUGGACCAGUGUCAGCCAAAAAGAUGUCAAGGGACUAUCAUCUGUAA